AUGGAUCGCAUCGACCCGGUCGAGGACCCCAACGCCCCUUAUGGGAGCCCUCAGGGGACCCAACCCACAGGGCAACCCACACUGUCUGGCCCCGUCAGGCCACCAGGUCCUGCCCCAUUGCGCACUCGAGGCGACUCACGGUCGCGACGACCGAGUAUUCGCCUAUCUCGCUUCCCAUCUACCCCUUCACUAGACAAUACCGUUAAUCAACCGCCUUCUCAACCAGAGGGUCAAGGACAAGCGUAUUUUGAGCCGCAGCCCAUCCAGUUCCCUCCUCCCAAUGAAGAGGACGAAGCAUGGCUGGCAAACCGGCGGCGCAGUAACUCGGAGCCAAAUCCGGGACGAUGGUCAUCUCCCCCUCCCGAUGUCCCCUCACCAGUGGCGACUCCCAUGCGAAUGAUGCCUGUGACCGAGGAAUACUCACAUCAAAGUCCGGCAACCCCCUCUCCAGCGGCAAUAUCGCAUAGUCGAGAAACUUAUUCCGACUCCGAACAACUUGAUCCGGAGCACGGCGAAGCACCUCCAGAGGUACGACCAGCGGGUCGGCUUCGGCGAACUAGUCAAGCUGCGUUGAAUCGCUUUACUCGAAACCGUGCAAGCACUGUGACAGGAACUGCGCCGACUCUAAGCACGCAAGAGGAGCAACGAGAUAAUGAAUACGGAUCUCACGUAGUCGACCUACUGGACGUGAUUGAUCCCGAGGUUUCUGCACUUUCCACUCUCACCAACGUCCAGAACUCUCUCUUCGUUCCCAAUCUGGGUGGAUUCAUCAAUCGUAUGCCCACCUAUACGAUUACACGGCCACAAUAUUCUUCCGACGAAGAGCAGGGAACUACAACAGACGAGGGAGAACCGCCCGAGGGCGACAAAGCCAAACAGCGACCGACUUUAGAACAACUCCGAUCACUCUCGAGCAUGUCAUUGGCGUUGCGUGGUCCCAAGUAUGCUGUUCUUCCAGAAGGACAUGGACUUGAUGGAUGGACCAGAGAAGAAUAUGCCGAACUCAAUGAUCAUGUUCGACAUAUGCUUCACUCUCGGCGGUCCAAGUUCAAACGAUCCAUGAAAGGAUUUAGGCAGUACAUACGGAAGCCCCUCGGGUUUCUUGUGACCCUCUACGCAAUUUUGAUUACAUUAUUCGGUUUGGCCUGGGUUCUUUUCUUGAUCGGGUGGAUCAAUGUCGGUGGAAAACAAAGUUAUGUUGUCAAUGUCAUAGAUAACGUUUUGGUUGCCCUGUUUGCCAUCAUGGGUGAUGGGCUGGCUCCUUUCCGAGCUGUGGAUACAUAUCACAUGGGUUUCAUUGCCCAUUAUACAUUUUUGUCGUGGAAGCUUCGUCGGAAGCGAGCCCUGCCAGGCCUCAAGGACAAGAAUGAUCUUCCAUCGAAGCCGGAGAAGGAUGUCGACGUUGAAUUUGGGGAUAUGCUCAAGGACGACGAACAAGAAUUCUCUGUCCUCGAUGCUCGCCAACAGUUGAGACUAAUGCAUCACCAAAAUAAGUUCGCGAAGUCGCACACUUUCUAUAAGCCACACGAAACCAUGACCCACCACGCAUUCCCUCUUCGCUUGCUCAUUGCCAUUGUCGUCAUUCUUGACUGUCAUUCUAUACUCCAAAUGGCUCUUGGCGCCUGUACCUGGAGUAUGGAGGACCCCAAAAAGCGCCCAUUUGCUUUGACGACGGUUAUUCUUUGCUGUUCUCUCACCUGUAACAUCUCGGGCGGUGUGAUGAUCAUGAUCGGCGAUCGGCGAACUCGAAAGAAGGAUGUUGUUGAACGGCUCUUCCGCCAACAGCUGACCGAAGAAGCUAUGAGGAAGAUGGAAAAGAAGAAGAUCAAGGACGAGCGCCGCAGUGCCCAGAUCGAGCGGUCCAGUGCCCAGAUCGAGCGGUCCAGUGCCCAGAUUGAGCGGUCCAGUGCGCAACAUGACCAUACAGUGCUUUAUGGCGGCACCUGA